CCCUAAAGAACAGUUUACUUGGCCCGAAGGAGAGGAAGGAAGUUUCAAUGACGACAAGAUUCAAGAAAAAUAGGAAGAAGAGAGGUCAUGUCUCCGCCGGCCAUGGUCGAAUAGGCAAGCAUCGCAAACAUCCGGGAGGUCGGGGUAAUGCUGGUGGUAUGCAUCACCACAGGAUUUUGUUCGACAAGUACCAUCCAGGUUACUUCGGUAAGGUUGGUAUGAGGUAUUUCCACAAGUUGCGCAACAAAUUCUAUUGUCCGAUCGUUAACAUCGACAAGCUCUGGUCGAUGAUUCCGCAAGAGGUGAAGGACAAGGCAUCACCCGAGAAUGCACCUCUGAUUGACGUCACUCAGUACGGGUUCUUUAAGGUUUUGGGCAAGGGGCAGUUGCCUUCCUCACAGCCCUUCGUGGUCAAGACCAAACUAGUGUCAAAGAUAGCAGAAAAGAAGAUUAAAGAGGCUGGAGGCGCCGUCGUCCUCACUGCUUAGGUUACUUCUUCUGCUAGUUAUUUUUUUGGCAAGUUUUGGAGG